AUGUCGAUGCUCCUCGUGGUGCUGCUUUGCGCUGCAAGUGUCGCAGCCGCAGCGGCGCCGACGCCUGCAGCGGCCCACAAGCAUGCGGAGGAUAAGGCCAAGAGGCCCAGCGCCCUUCAGCCGUCGCUGACUGUUGUGAACCACACGGAGGGCGGCAUUAACGUGCGCGUGUGCGCCGGGUCAAAGGGCGGCAGCGGCGGCUUCAGCGUCCAGUGGCUAUCGGAGGACCACUACUCGGCAAACGGCAACGCCUGGCCCAAGAACCCCAAAAACCCGGACAUCUGCCACGGCAGGUUCGAGGCCCGCCCCACCUCCCGCUUCAACCUCAAGCCCAACGGCUGCGCGAUCGUCGGCGUCGGGGACGCCUUUGUCCCCGAGAGCGGCGCCUCCGUCGACUGCCCGCGGAUCCUGCCAAUCAACAAGAAGUGGCGGCUCCGCGCGUCGACGAAGACGGUCACGCGCACGAUCAUCAACCCCUAUGCCCAGCCGAGCGAGACGAUUGAGGCAACCACCCUGUCCUGCCGCCACGACCUGACGAUCGGCUGCCAGGCAAACGAGAAGUGCGUGCUCACGCCCCUGGGCCGCAAGUGCGCCUGCAAGGUCGAGCGCUCCCCUGGCGUCUGCGCGCCAUAG